CGGCGGCAGCGGCGGCGCAGCCCGGCGGAGUAGUGGCUGGCCGGCCGGACGCCCCCUCGCCCCGUUACUACGAGCCCGCCGGCUCUGUCUCCGCCCCGUGGCCUCUGGGCCCUGCCCGGGGGUGGGGAAACCUCCUCGCUGAGGACCGCCCCCUUCGCCAGCCUUCCCCUCCGGCGCGGCUCCCCCGGCCCCGGCGGGGACUAUGCGGAGAUGGUCGUCCCGACCCGAGGAAGGAACAAAGAGUCACCGCCGCUCAAGCCCGGGCAGCAGCAGCACCAGUCGCCGGGCGCUAGCCCCAGGAGCGGCCGCGGGCGCCCGCCGCACUCUCCCGGCAGGCAGGUCACCGGCGGGGCCCGCGCCAUGCGGAAGGGAGGCGGCGGCCGGCGGGGCGCCAGGAGCGACCCCCAGAGACCCUUCAGGGAGGGGCCCGCGGCCGACGGGGAGCGGGACGUGCUGGGCCGCGGCUCCCUGAGGCUCCUGCGCGGCUGCAGAGACCGGCUCCGAGUAUUUGUUGACGGAAGGAAGACCUUUAUCGUAAAAGCUGAUAGCAAGAUGUGGCUCACUUUCCUUCUGGCUGUUUUUGCAGGAUUCCUACAUUGGUAUCACAUAACAACUCUUUUUGAAAAUGACCGUCACUUUUCUCACCUGUCGACGCUCGAGAGAGAAAUGGCUUUUCGCACGGAAAUGGGUCUUUAUUACUCCUACUUCAAGAUCAUAAUUGAGGCACCAUCAUUUUGGAAUGGAGUAUGGGCAAUUAUGAAUGACAGACUAACUGAAUAUCCAUUAGUGAUUAACACCUUACAAAGGUUCAAUCUCUACCCAGAGGUGGUCCUCGCCAGCUGGUACCGCCUCUAUACUGCCCUUACUGACUUCCUCGGUGUAUCGACAAAGACAUGUUGGACUGUAAACAGAGGGAAAGGGCUUAGUCCCGUUGAAAGCUGUGAGGGAUGGGGAGACCCUGCUUCCUUUUAUGUUGCAAUGAUUUUUCUUUUGAAUGGAAUAAUGAUGUCACUGUUCUUCAUAUAUGGUACAUACCUCAGUGGGAGCCGUUUAGGAGGCCUUGUUACUGUGACAUGCUUCUUUUUCAACCAUGGAGAGUGCACUCGUGUCAUGUGGACUCCACCUCUUCGUGAAAGUUUCUCAUACCCAUUCCUUGUGCUGCAGAUGUUGCUUUUGACCUAUAUUCUCAGGAUUCCGAAUAUUAAUACAGGAAGCUUGAUUGCACUGUGUGUUUCUAAUAUCUUUUUCAUGCUUCCCUGGCAGUUUGCUCAGUUUGUUCUUCUAACACAGAUAGCUUCAUUAUUUGCUGUGUGUAUUAUGGGUUAUAUUGAAUCCUGCAAAUUACAGAAGAUACUCUCUGCUCAUAUGGUAUCUCUUGUAGUGUGCUUCAUUCUGAUGUUUGGUAAUUCAAUGUUAUUGACGUCAUAUUAUGCUGCAUCUUUAGUGGUUAUCUGGGGAAUUCUUGAAUUAAGUCCAAAAAUCUUGAAAAGCAAUGGAAGAGAAGUCUACAUAUGGGUCAUUGAAGGAUGUGCCUGGUUAUUUGGGACAGUCACCUUGAAAUACCUAACUUCUUUAGUGUUCGGAAUAGCUGAUGAUGCUCACAUAGGAAACAUAUUAAAAUCUAAAUUUAUUGGCUACAAGGAUUUUGAUACAUUAAUGUAUACCUGUGCUGCAGAGUUUGACUUCAUGGAAAAAGAGACUCCAGUAAGAUACACAAAGACUCUGCUGUUGCCCGUUGUUCUGGUGGUUUUUGGAGUGAUCAUCAAAAGGGCAGUUAAAUAUGUCAUGUGGGCUUUAUCCCAGGCAGGCCAAUGUGAAAGAGAGGAACGUUUUAACCAUGGUGAGCUGGUAUACCACACAUUGCAGCUGCUGGCUUACAGUGUCCUAGCGAUUCUAAUCAUGAGGUUAAAACUGUUUUUGACACCACAUCUAUGUGUCAUGGCUUCCUUGGUGUGUUCAAAACAGUUGUUUGGAUGGCUCUUCUGUAAAAUCCAGCCCAAAACGUUGGUCUUUGCUAUUUUAGCGUUGAUGGCAAUAGAGGGAUCAGCAAACCUUCAAACCCAGUGGAACAUCAUGGGAGAAUUUAGCAAUUUGCCACAGGAGGAGCUUAUAGAAUGGAUAAAAGUCAAUACCAGACAAGAUGCAGUUUUUGCAGGAGCAAUGCCUACAAUGGCAAGCGUCAAAUUGUCAGCACUUCGUCCUAUUGUAAAUCACCCUCACUACGAAGAUGCAGGAUUAAGGGCCAGAACCAAGGUAGUGUAUUCCAUGUACAGUCGAAAACCUGCAAAAGAGGUAAAAAGAGAACUGAUAAAACUAGGAGUGAAUUACUACAUUCUGGAAGAGUCAUUGUGUGUAAGCAGAAAAAAGCCUGGUUGCAGCAUGCCUGAAAUUUGGGACGUCGAAGAUCCUGCUAAUAGUGGCAAAAUUCCUUUGUGUACCCUUAUGAGCAAGGAUUCCAGACCACAUUUCAUCACAGUGUUUGAAAAUAGCAAUUACAGAAUCUUGAAGAUUCCAAAGUGAUAACAUUUCAAUGCAAAGAACUAUCAGUCUUUCAACUUUUUAACCUAGUAACUGUAAGCGUUCUAAAUCAGAAAUACUUUUUCUACUAGACUUAAAAUGGAAAAAUGUGUAUUUUAUUUUUUACCAUUUUAAGUGAAUUCUGAUUAUAGAAAUAUCUUAAACCUAACAGUUUGGAUUUCUAUUUCAGGGUCAGUCCCUUGAGAUUUGCUAUGCAAAUGAUUAUAUGUUUGCACAUUUUAGUUAACACUGAUCCAAAAACAAAGAGUUAAAAGUAGCUAUGGAAAGUGACUCCAUUCUCAAAACCAAUGAUAUUGUGAAAUGGGACUGUCAGAAUGUCUUAGCAAAGCAAGUUUGUUUUAAAGCCUUGGUGCUAGCAGCUAGGAACAAAAGGAGGAAUGGUGCUACAGCAUCUGGCAUCACAUUUCUCAUGUCGUUUUCAUUUCCCAUCUCCCUUCUGGAUGAGGUGAAAUUCUAUUAAAAGUCACGUAGUUUCACUAGUCAUGUCUGAGAGAAGCAAUUUGAUUUCUUUUCUUCUUUCAGGGGAUUAAGAACAUUUGUCAUUUUGGAUCGCUUAACACGUGCUUUUAAACUCGCUUUUGAAACAAAAAGAGUUUGUAGGCAGACUUGAAACUUCAUUAUUUAGGUGCAUGUUCUUGGAAUCUUACUGAUAUUAAAAAAACAAGAAGACUAAUAAGGGUAAUACUUGCCGUGAGCAAUAGUUCAACUUGUCAGCAUCCAAGGAGUUUUAGCAUUCUUAUACAUUCAGAAUAAGCCGGCAUAAGAGACAUGAAAUUUUUUUAGGGAAAAUGCUUUAUUCAGGAAAAAUCUGUCAUAGCCUUAGAAAGAUACUAAAAUAAAUCCUUCACUGCCUUAAGUAGACCUUCAGCGCCUAACUUGCUAAGAAAUUACUUUCCAAAUUUACGCCCUGUUUUCGUUCCCCGUCUAUUAGACCCUGCCUGGAUUUUAUUGUCGGCAUUAAGGGAAAAUGAGUUUUCACCCAGUUGCAUGGGUAUAGUUGCUCCAACAAUGUCAGACUGGUUCUGCAGUUGUUCUGGUGUCUCGGUGUCACACCAGUAUUACCAAUAACAGAGAAUUCACUUUCCAAGAUACCCAGUGCAAAAGACACCCCUGAGCCGUUUAAUUGACCCGAUGGAAUUUUUGUGUGUCCAUUUGCCACUGGGAAGUGUCACAGCAAUUGUGAUUCUAACAGUAUCAUACUUCUAAAGUCUAAUGGUUCUCUGUAUAUUGGGGGUUGGACUAGAUGAUCUCUAAAGGUCCCUUCCAACCCCUACGAUUCUAUGAUUCUAUAUCAUUCAUGCUUUAGUUUUGUUCUGGCUUGUGGGGUGGGGGGGGUGUUUGUUGUUGUUCAGACAUUGAUCUAUUGAUAUGACUGGUCUGGCUUAGCCCUAAUAGCAUCUAGUGGUAUCAGGUGCUAUAGGAGCAGCAUCUGUCACGCCUAUAACAGUAUCAACUCGAUGGGAACCUGUGAUAAAGUAGUAGUGUGACAACUGAUCAGUAUUCUCUAAGACUUCUUAUUUUUUUAAGAUGUGUUUUAUGGAGAGGGUGAGGGAGAGUGGCUGAAAAUGCAUUAGCUUUUUAACUUUUACAGAAUAGAUUUUGGAAAAAAAAUAAUUUCUAUAAGGAAAACUAUCACAAAAAGGGCUUUUGGGAAGUCGCUUUUUAAACUGUUCGUUGAAUUCAAGGAAGCGGGGGGAAAAAAGUCUUUAUAUAAACAUUGUGACUAGUGUUCCAGCACAAAAAGGUACUGUAUUUUUAUGAAGUUUAUGCCAACUGUCGACAUGUACUUAUGUGGAUAAAUAAAAAAGCAAAA